UCGCGGCGAUGGGGAUGGGAGCCCCUAUUAGAAUUCCAAGCCGGGAUCGUCUAUAUAAUGGAAAUCGAUAUUGGCACCCCAAGCCAAACCAUCAAAGUCAUAGUUGACACAGGAUCCUUUGAGCUUUUCAUCAACCCUAACUGUGACCGAGCCGCCGACCAGAACUUCUGCAUUGAUUCAGGACACUAUGAUCCGACCAGGUCGAGCACGGCGAGGAAUCUGACAACUCGGUAUUAUGUCACAUUUGGCACGGGAGGGUUUCUGGGGACGUAUUUUAGUGAUACGCUUUGGUUCGAUUGGCCAGUGACGGACCUUCAAAUGGGCGUAUCAAGCGACAGCGACUACGUCUGGGCCGGCCUCGUGGGCCUAGGAUACGGGCAGCGGUUCAACACCAAGUAUCCAACUCUGAUAGACCUUCUGGUCACGCAAGGAUACAUCCAAGUCCCCAUCUUCAGUCUCGGAAUAGGAAGCGAAGGAGGCGGCUACAGCGACAUCAUCCUUGGCGGUGUUGACUACCACAAGUACUCCGGCUGGCUCGAGCCCCUCGACAUCUACCCACCCCCAGCGUCUCAAAUGGACCAAUGGCACCAAGCCCAAUAUUGGGUGAACCUUACCUCCCUCGGCUUCACCCCACCGGGCCAACCUACCAUGGCCCUGACAAGCAGUGACUUCUCCCGUAUAAUGCUCAUCGACACGGGCUCCACAUACUCCUACAUCGACGCAGACCUCGUCGCGACGCUCGCACAGCAGUUCAGCGCCACUAUUGACGAGCAAGGGGUGUACUAUGUUCCCUGCCGGUUCCGGGACAUGGACGGGUAUGUGAAUUUUGGGUUUAACAGGGGAAACAUGGUGAUUAAUGUGAAAUAUGCCGAUUUUGUCAUUAAUUUUGGGAGUCAGUGUGCGCUGGGGGUGCAGCCAGCGGAUGCGGGGGUUGCGACUUGGGUUUUGGGGGAUACGUUUAUUAGGGGCGCUUACAUUGUGUUCGAUCAGCAGAAUGACGCCAUCUGGUUGGCCAACUAUGAGCCGUGUGGUAGUGGACUGGCG